GAAUAAUUAAGCCAAAGAUAAAUCACCUCCAUUCGGAGACUAUAAAUACAGUUGCAUGCGAAUGCUUAGCCACAUCACACUUCUAAUUAACGUCUCUUUUAAGCUAAAGUGCAUCCCGGAAAUGGACACGGCCACCUCGACGUCGACGAUGCUGCUCUACGCGGCGCUGCUCGUGGCGGCGGCUUUCAUCUACGCCGCCUUCAUUCGUGGCAGGAAACGUGGCCUGCCACCGGGCCCGAUGGGCCUGCCGGUGGUCGGCAGCCUUCUGUCUCUGGACCCGGACCUGCACACCUACUUCGCGGGCCUGGCCGCCAAGUACGGGCCCAUCUUCUCCAUCCGUCUGGGCUCCAAGCUCGGCAUCGUCGUCAGCUCCCCGGCGCUGGUCCGGGAGGUGCUGCGCGACAACGACCUCCUCUUCGCCAACCGCGACGUCCCGGACGCGGCGCGCGCCAUCACCUACGGCGGCGACAAGGACAUCGUGUGGAACUCGGUAGGCCCCACAUGGCGCAUGCUUCGCCGGGUCUGCGUUCAGGAGAUGCUCAGCCCGACAGGGCUCGAGGCCAUGCAUGGGCUCCGCCGUCGUGAGUUCAGGGCCACACUGGCCCACCUGCAUGCCGCCGCCAUGGCAGGCGAGCCCGUGGAGGUUGGUGCGCAGAUGUUCCUCACCACCCUAAACGUGCUCACGAGCACGAUGUGGGGUGGCAACGUUGGGACAGAGAGCGAGAGGACGGUGGUGGGGAAGGAGUUUCGGCAACUCGUCUCGGAGAUCACCCAGAUGCUCGGCGCGCCCAACGUGUCCGACUUCUUCCCGGCGCUGGCGCCGUUCGACCUGCAAGGCAUUUGGAGAAAGUCGGACGCGCUCAAGGCGCGCUUCGACAACAUCUUCGCCAGGAUCAUACAACAGAGGGUGAGGACCGAGGAGGCCGGCGGUAAAACGCCGGUGGAUUUUCUCGAGUGCAUGCUCAAGAUGGAGAAAGAAGGUGGCGACGGGAAGGCUCCAUUCACCAUGACCAAUAUCAAGGCCAUGCUUAUGGAUAUGGUGGUCGGAGGGACAGAGACGACGUCGAACACGGUGGAAUGGGCCAUGGCGGAGAUGAUGAAGAACAGGCGGAUACUACGCAAGGCGCGGGAGGAGCUGGACGCGGUGGUCGGGGUCGACAGCGUGGUGGAGGAGUCUCACCUCCCGCAGCUGCACUACCUGCACCAGGUGCUCAAGGAGACGCUCCGGCUGCACCCGGCGGUGCCGCUCCUGGUGCCGCACUGCCCCCGCGCCGACACCACCCUCGCCGGCCACCGCGUCCCGGCGGGCACCCGCGUGUUCAUCAACGCGUGGGCCAUCAUGAGGGACCCCACCACGUGGAGUGACCCCACGGAGUUCGUCCCGGAGAGGUUCGAAGGGCGGAAGGUGGACUUCACCGGCGGUGAGCUGGACUACGUGCCGUUCGGGUCCGGGAGGAGGAUCUGUGCCGGCAUCCCCAUGGCCGAGAGGAUGAUGGCCUACUCGCUGGCUAUGCUUCUGCAAGCGUUUGACUGGGAGCUGCUGCCGGACCACCGGCUCGACCUGACGGAGAAGUUCGGCAUCGUCAUGAAGAAGGCCACGCCGCUGGUUGUCGUGCCGACGCCGAGGCUGUCCAGAGCCGAGCUCUACUCCGCCAAAUAGUGUGUAACUAAAUGCUCCCUCUCCAUGAAUGUGUACGUCCAAGCAUGAUCCCUUGAGUCGUGAGAUGCACCAUCUCAUCGCACGUACGAUUCCUUACAAUUCGUGUUGUGUAUGGGCCCGUUUUCGUUCCAGUCUGUAAGCUACAAAUAACACGGGGAAUGGAAGAGAAAAGCUGUGAAGUUUUAUGUGGCGUAAA